AUGAAUGCAGAUCAGUUCAAUCAAUUCCUUACUAUCUUUCAAGAACAACAAAGACAACAGCAAGAAAACCAGAACAAGUUUAUUAAAGAAGUAUUAGAAACUGUCUUAAAACAGAAUGAUCAACAGACUGAGAUACCUCGGGUCAACUACUCAAAUGUGGCUCCUUUUGAAAACUAUGAUCCAAAGAAAGAAAAAUUUACAUGUUACCUAGAACGUUUUGAAAACUAUUACACCAUGAAAGGCCUAACAGACUCAACUAAGAUUGGACAGCUACUGUGCAUCUCUAUCGGCAGUGAUCAUUAUAACAAUCUUAAUUCUUUUCUAGGCCCCGAGAAACAAUUGAAAAGUCUCAACUAUGAUGAGCUUAUCACAGCAUUCAAGCAGUUAUUGAUUCCUAAGAAGAACGUUGUAGUAUCUCAACACUAUUUUCUAAAUGUAUUUCAAAAAGAACACCAAUCAAUAACAGAAUUCGUGGCUUCCCUACAACGUGAUAUUGCUGAGUGUGAAUUUUCUGUCAAGUGUUCAUGUGACCAGACAGUUUCAAUUGCCGAAGUUUUCCUGAGAGCCCAGUUUAUUCGAGGUUUGCGAGAUGACUGGCUACGAGAACAAAUUCUACAGUCAACUGAAGUUACUUUUGAAGGAAUCCUUACCAGAGCAAUCGCCCUCGAAGCAUCAAAAAUUGAAUCCAGGGAACUGUCUAAACGUUCACAUUCAAGUAAUGCAAAUUUCAAUAUAUGUGACGAUGUGAAUAAAGUUUCACAUAAAGCAAGGAAAUCUCAAUUCCAAACCGGUAAUCGACCUUCCAGACAGCAUCAGGGUCACUCCUCACGCUCUCGAAAACGUCCAGAUCUGAAAUCUCUUGGAAUUGGUAAUCUUUGCUUCAGGUGUGGAAAAGACAAUCACCAAGCAUCCGAGUGCCGCACCGACAAAUCUAAGCUCAAGUGCAACAAAUGUAACAAGCAAGGACACAUAUCUAAAGUGUGCAUUUCGACCCUUAUCGCAGAACAGAAGAAAAUCAAUUCUCCCAGUGCAGCCAACUACAUCCAGUGCUGUUCUCCUACAGAGUCUACAUCGAAAUUUUCUGAUUACGGACUAAAUAAAGUAACUAAUGUCAAUUCAAGCCCGAAGUUACUAGAUCUGUUUGAAGUAAAUAACGAUUCAGACAAAUACAUGAUCACAGUUAAUCUCAAUGGUAAACCACAACAAUUCGAAGUAGACACAGGAGCAAAAUUCUCACUUCUAGCUAAAAAUGAUUUCGACAAACUCAAAUUGGACAUUCCAUUGGAAACAACUAACAUUGCUUUCAGAACUUACUCAGGUAAUAUUAUCAAACCUGAAGGGAAAGUGAAAAUAAAUGUUACUUACUGUGGACGUUGCGUCAAAGAGGAACUCCACAUUGUUCCAACAGGACACGAAGCACUCUUGGGACGUCAAUGGAUAAGAGCCCUAGGAAUCGAACUGAACAAAUUGAAUGAAGACACAAAUCAAAGCACUCAAAUUUCCCAAAUCAAAAGAAUCCAGUCUCCUGAAGAAAUCUUUCAGUCUUUUUCCAACAUUUUUGAAGAGAAAAUUGGAUGCGUUCCAGACUUCAAAGUGUCAUUACAGCUUCGAAAUGGUGCAAAACCUAUUUUUGUUAAGGAACGAAAUGUCCCACAUGCUUUAACCGACCGAGUGAACAAGGAAUUGGACACACUGGAAAAUGAAGGGAUCAUUUCACCCGUGGAGGCCAGCGAUUGGGGAUCGCCACUGGUUGUCAUUCCUAAACCAGACGGUGGUGUCCGCCUCUGCGUCGAUUACAAAUGCGGUGUCAACGAGCGUCUAAUUCAAGCAAAUCAUCCUAUAAGGCGUAUUGAUGAUGUUAUUGACAGUUUGCGCAAUUCAAAAUACUUUUGCAAACUUGACCUCUACAAAGCCUAUUUACAUCUCCAGGUGGAUGAAGAAUCUAGCAUGAUACAGACAAUGACGACUCACAGAGGUACUUAUAGAGUACAUAGACUCAGUUUUGGCAUCAAAACUGCACCAUCAGAAUUCAACCGCAUACUCUCUCAGAUCUUAAAGGGGUUACGUAAGACAGAAGCAUAUUUUGAUGACAUUAUUGUGCAUGGUUCGACCAUUGAAGAAUGCAGUGAAAAUUUACAAGCCUGUCUACAGAGACUCUCUGAUUACAAUUUACAUGUCAACAGAAACAAAUGCUCAUUUUUUCAAGAAAAAAUUGAGUAUUUAGGACGAGUCGUAGAGUUCAACAAAAUUAGUAAAUCUCCAACGAAAAUUCAAGCAGUCCAACAGAUGCCUCGCCCGUCCAAUACUGAAGAGGUCAAACGUCUACUCGGACUUGUGUCGUACUACUCACGUUUCAUCCCUGAUGCUUCAACUAUCACAUAUCCUCUGCGACGUCUGUUACAGAAAAAUAUGAAAUGGGAAUGGAAUUCAUCCUGUGAAGCAGCAUUUUUACAAAUCAAAUCAGAGCUCUGCAGUGAUCGAGUUCUCGUACCUUUCGAUCCGGCUCUCCCUCUAGUACUAACUACAGACGCCAGCCCUACAGGACUUGCAGCCGUGCUUAGUCAUGUCACAGAAGGAGAAGAAAAGCCCAUUGCAUAUGCUUCUCGUUCUCUUACAGUUUCUGAAAGAAAUUACAGUCAAUUAGACCGUGAAAGCCUCGCUAUUAUUUUUGGCGUGUCACAUUUCUACUAUUACCUUUUUGGGACUCACUUCACACUAGUAACUGACAAUGCACCCAUUUCACGGAUUUUCCAGCACAACAAAGCACUCCCUCAAAUGACAUCAGGACGUUUACUCCGAUAUGCAUCUUACUUAUCCGGGUUCAACUACACAUUAAAAUUCAAACCUGGCAAGGAAAAUGAAAAUGUUGACUGCCUCUCGAGAGCUCCACUUCAGCAAGUAAAUUCGACUGUUGAUGAAAUCAUUGCCAAUGAAGUCAACCAAGUAUACGAACAAAUGAUUUUCGAGAUGUCAGAUGAACACAUAACCGCUUCAACAAUAAGGAGUGAAACAGAAAAGGAUCCAGACUUAUCAAGAAUUGUAAAAGAUCUAAAAAACAAGUCUGAUGAAACAGAAUAUACAUUGGUUGACGGGAUUUUAUUUCGCCAAGAUCGUGUAAUUAUUCCAAGAAGCUUACGACCAUCAAUCUUAAAUGAACUUCAUUAUACCCACCUAGGUAUAACAAAAAUGAAACAGCUGGCCCGCCGCUACGUCUACUGGCCCAGUAUCGACAAAGAAAUAGAACGUAUUGUCAAAGGAUGUGAAAAAUGUGCUCUCACACGUCACAGCCCUCCCAAAGUUCCAGUACAUCCCUGGGAUACACCACAAGAGAAUUGGGAAAGGGUUCAUAUCGACUAUGCAGGACCGCUUGAUAAUACAUAUUUCCUCAUGUGUGUUGAUGCAAAAUCUAAAUGGGCGGAGGUGAAAAUCAUCAAAGACUCACCUACUAGUGCGAACACAAUUAAUCUUUUAGAAGGAAUUUUCUCAUGUCAUGGAUAUCCUCAAGUACUCGUUUCAGAUAAUGCUACCAUUUUCAAAAGUGAUAUUUUUCAAAAUUACUGCAAAACAAACGGUAUUUUCCAGAAAUUCAUCGCUCCAGGGCAUCCGGCAACAAACGGUUUAGGUGAGAGAUCAAUCCAAACACUAAAGAAUCGCCUGAAAGCAGUCUCAACUGACCAAACUCCAAUCCAAACCAAAAUUCAAAAUAUUUUACAAAGGUACAGAGCAACACCGCUAGCUUGUGGUCAGUCCCCGGCGGAACUCUACCUGCACAGAAAAAUAAGGAUAAGACUAAAUGCCAUUUUCCCGUACAAACCUCAACCUUCAACUACACAGUCUUCACCUGCACGUUCACUAUAUGUGGGGGAGAGGGUACAGGUCAAACUUUUCAUCAAUAAUAAAAACAUAUGGCAGUUUGGUCAAGUAAAGAAGAGGCUUGGGAAAAGACACUAUCUCGUAGUUCUCGACUCAUCUGAUAGAAUCCUGAAGAGGCACAUCAAUCAACUACGCCCAACGCUGGUACAGAGUCCAAAAACAAAAAAUGUUACAUUCGGACCAACGCAGUUGUUUGAUGUUCCCAGAAUUCCAAGACGACCAGAAAUACAUAGGAAUCCAGAUCCAGUUGCAGCUCCAGAACCAAGGCAACCAGAAGAACAAUCUCCAGCAGAAAGAGCUCAAGCUGAGAAUGUCAUACCACAUCGUGAGCAAGCUGAUAAUACCAACGCCAGACCACAGCGUAAGCGUCACAUGCCCCCAAGAUUUAGAGACUACCAGAUUUGA